GUGACGGACGUUCAUCUCACCGCUGUCGGUUGUUAUGUCCGCGUUGUGGCACAGCUGUCGUGUAACCAGCUGUUUGUACUCCGUCUGCUCGUCGCCCGCUAACUGGAGACGCCUGUGUGGGACGGAACAUGAGUGGGUUUGGCGCCCACUGCCCGGCCUCGUACAGCUGGCACCAUUACAGGGAGCCUCGGCGGAGGCCCCACCCCCAGCCGCCUCCUGAGCAGCUGUUGGACAGAUGUGAGUGGGGAACAUCUGCCCAGGUGGACCCAAUCACUGCGUCCACUCCUGAGGGCAAAGGUCACAAGUCUGAGCGUCUUCGCCAGCAGCUGCUCCACCUCCCGAGGUCCAGCCCUGAACCAAAUAUCAAGAGCGGAUAUCAAACACACGCAGGAUCAACGAGGCCUUCCUCUCUGUGCAGGAUCCUCCCCUACAUCAGGUCCAUGUCUGAGCCUGGGUCAGGGUCAGCCGAUGGUCCGCUCAGGAAGACAGGGUCACAUGCUAACCGACAAACUCUUUCCAUCAGCAGCUUCGUCCGCUUGUUCUCUCGGAGAAUCGUCCGGGAGGAAAGUCAAACACACGUUCACAAGCCUGAGGUUAAAGGUCCGCCCUCUCACCGCUUCUCCUGUGGUCAGAGUCCAAACACCGACAACCGCGUCUGGGAGAGAAAGUUCUGCGUUCUGACCGACACUCAGCUCGUCCUGAUCAACAAGGAUGAAGAGGCUGCAGGUGAAGCUCAGGAAAGUCCCACAGUCUCAGCGAAGGGUCGAAGUCUCCGCAGGACGGUCAGCGUCCCCUCAGAGGGACAGUUCCCAGAGUUCCAGACAGAGGGCGCCACCAUGCUUGAAGCGUCAUCGGAGCGUUCGCCGAGGAGGAGGAGCAUUUCCGGUCUGGGGAGUUCGGAGAAGAGCGUCGCCAUCGACAACCCAAACUCCUCGCCGUUUAAAGUCUCGGGUUUCUUCAGUAAACGUCUCAAAGUCUCCAUAAAGAGGACGAAGAGUCAGACCAAACUGGACCGAAACACCAGCUUCAGACUUCCACUGCUGCGACCCGCUGAGCCUGACAGGUCCCGCGCUCUGCCCAAGCUGAAGGAGUCCAGCUCCCAUGAGUCUCUGCUGAGCCCGGGCAGCGCGGUGGAGGCACUGGACCUGAACAUGGAGGAGGACGUCCUGGUCAAACCGCUGCACUGCAGCAUCCUGGGACAGGAGUUCUGCUUCGAGGUCACGUACUCGGGCGGCAGCAAGUGUUUCAGCUGCUCGUCGGCGUCAGAGAGAGACAAGUGGAUGGAGAACCUGCGCAGGACCAUUCAGCCCAACAAGGACAACUGUCGCCGAGCUGAGAACCUGCUGCGUCUAUGGAUCAUCGAGGCCAAAGACCUGCCGCCAAGGAAGAAGUAUUUCUGCGAGCUGUGUCUGGACGACGUCCUCUACGCCCGCACCACCAGCAAGACCCGCCAGGACAGCCUGUUCUGGGGUGAGUACUUUGACUUCGGCGGCCUGCCGCCCGUGCACAGCAUCACCGUGCACAUCUACCGCGACAUGGACAAGAAGAAGAAGAAGGACAAGAACAACUACGUGGGCCUGGUCAACAUCCCGGUGUCUGGCGUGACGGGACGGCAGUUUGUGGAGAAGUGGUACCCGGUGAGCACGCCCACCACCAGCAAGACCAAGGGCGGCGGCCCCUCGAUCCGCAUCAAGACUCGCUUCCAGACCAUCUCCAUCCUGCCCAUGGAGCAGUACAAGGAGUUCGCCGAGUUCGUCACCAACAACUACUCCAUGCUGUGCUCGGUGCUGGAGCCCGUCAUCAGCGUCAAGAACAAGGAGGAGAUGGCGAGUGCGCUGGUCCACAUCCUGCAGAGCACCGGGAGGGCAAAGGACUUCCUGACAGACCUGGUGAUGUCAGAGGUGGACAGGUGUGCCGACCACGAUGUCCUCAUCUUCAGGGAGAACACGUUGGCCACCAAGGCCAUCGAAGAGUAUCUGAAACUGGUGGGACAGAAAUAUCUGCACGACGCGCUCGGUGAGUUCAUCAGAGCUCUGUAUGAGUCCGAUGAGAACUGUGAGGUUGAUCCCAGUCGAUGUUCUGGUUCUGAUCUGGCUGAACACCAGAGUAAUCUGAAGAUGUGCUGUGAACUGGCUUUCUGCAAGAUCAUCAACUCCUACUGUGUGUUUCCUCGUGAGUUGAAGGAGGUGUUUGCGUCAUGGAAGCAGCAAUGCACGGCUCGCGGUCACCAGCAGGACAUCAGCAAGCGUCUGAUCAGCGCCUCGCUCUUCCUGCGCUUCCUCUGCCCGGCCAUCAUGUCGCCGUCGCUCUUCAGUCUGAUGCAGGAAUAUCCCGACGACCAGACGUCACGGACACUGACGCUCAUCGCCAAAGUCAUCCAGAACCUCGCCAACUUCACCAAGUUUGGAAACAAAGAAGAGUACAUGGCUUUCAUGAACGACUUCCUGGAGCACGAGUGGGCGGGGAUGAUGCGCUUCCUGUCAGAGAUCUCCAACCCAGAGACGCUGUCCAACACGCCGGGGUUCGAGGGUUACAUCGACCUUGGCCGCGAGCUGUCCGUGCUGCACGCUCUGCUGUGGGAGGUCGUCUCCCAGCUCGACAAGGGUGAAAAUUCCUUCCUGCAGGCCACCGUAGCAAAGCUGGGCCCGCUUCCGGGGAUUCUGGGAGACAUCUCUCGCUGUCUGGCCUCCCCGACGCCAGUGCAGCAGCUGCGGCGUUUCCAGGACCAUGGCUCCACCCACAACAUAAGCAGCAGCCUGUCGUCAGGGUUACAGCGAAUCUUUGAGGAUCCCACUGACAGCCUUCAGUCUCCGUCCACAGAGCGUGUGGAUGGUUAUGUGAGAGGUCAGCGCCCCCUGCUGUUACAGCGCCCCUCCUUCCACGCCAGCUUCUCGGAUCAUGAAGAGCGUGACGAUCUUCUGUCAAACGGCCGCAGCGUGUCUCUGGUCGACCUGCAGGACGCUCAGAACCUGCACCACGAGGCUCCGCCCCACCUCAGCAGGGCCGGCUCACAGGUGUCCGUUGGACACGCAGCGUUACCGCACAGCCACUCCCACUCCAACCCGAUGACGCCCCAGCCGGCGCCGCACCAGGUCAAAGCCCCACCCAGAGACACUCAGCCUCAGAGCGCCCCGCAGGUGAGGCGCCCACUGCACCCGUCUGUCAGCCAACCACGCAGCCUGCAGCCUCUGUCCUUCCAGAACCCCGUCUACCACCUGAGUAACCCUGCCCACAGCCUCUCCACCCGCUCCGCCCACUCUGCGCCACAAGACUCCAGCUCAGAGAACCUGAGCACCGAGAGUUCACUCAACAGCCACAGCAACUCUGACGACUACGGCAGCCAAGUGGGGGUCAAAGGUCGAGAUCCCUCCAACAGCAGUCUGGACGAGCGGAGCACGCACAGUGAGGACUGUCCGACGCCUCGCCACCACGCACCGCCCGACCUCCCCCCCAGCACCGCUACGGCAGUCGCUGUCCCCCGUCAGAGCACUACGACGGGCACCGCCCACAUCGUCAAGGUUGAACAGCAGAGCAAGGGAGGGGGCAGGGCACGGACGCCAUGCUCUCUUCCUCACUGUACCUCAGUACGCAGCAGCAGCAGCGCUAACACCGAGCCGACGCCCACCACCAGCCACGCCAGCCGCCAUCAAUCCUGUUCUGCCGAGAACACGACUCCGCCCCCAAAGAGUUCCGCCAAACAGCUUCAGGCGGUGGCGUCUCCAGCGGACGCUGUGGUGGUGGCCAUGUCUCCUGUGGAGAGGACGGCGGCCUGGGUCCUCAACAACAGCCAGUAUGAGGAGGUGGGUGGAGCCAGGAGCAGGGAGGAGGGCGGAGACAGGAGCAGGGAGGAGGGCCGUAACACGGAGAAGUACGAGCUGGAGAUCUCGCGGCUGAAGGAGCGUCUGCGAGUGUCUGGAUGUCGCCUGGAGGAGUACGAGCGACGUCUGCUGGUCCAGGAGCAGCAGAUGCAGAAGCUGCUGCUCGACUACAAAAACCGUCUGGACGAGAGUGAAGAGAGACUGAGGAGACAACAGGAGGAGAAGGAGGAUCAGAUGAAGAGCAUCAUCAGCAGGCUCAUGGCGGUGGAGGCGGAGCUAAAGCGUGACCAUGCUGAGAUGCAGUCUGUGAUUGAAGCCAAACAGAAAAUCAUUGACGCUCAGGUCAGUAACGGAUGUGACAUAAACCAAUCAGGAGAAGAGGAUCGGGUCUCUGGAUGCGGCAAACUCUCGGCUGAUGGCGGCGCUGACGCAGGUGAAGGAGCGCUACACGACACCACACCUGCACAACGGCCUGUCGCCUAGCAACCCCAGCAAACUGUCAAUCACUGAGAACGGAGAGUUCAGGAACAGCAGCUGCUGAUUGGGGGCACGUCUGACCCCGCCCACCUCACCUGUGUCGGAUGUGGACAUUCAAUGAUAGAGAGAGAGAGGAUUUAUAAUCAGUAUAUAAAUACUAAAGCUUUGUGUGGGAGUGUGUGUGUGAGUGCGUGCGUGUGUGUGAGUGUGUGUCACAGUGAGGAACAAACAAAACAAUCUUCACUUUUUUUUCUAACAAAUGUUUUUAUUGUUUUUGUGUUGUGUUUUAUUUGCAGCUUCGUUGUUUGUUUUUACAUGAUAACUUUGUUUAUUUAUUCCUUUGCGACCUCGUCCUGUUGCUGAUCUACUGAAGUGUCACCUGUGGUAUCAGGGUCAAAGGUCACACCUGUCUGCUGAAUAAAAAUCUGCCUGAAAACCUGA